AUGUCGAGCCACUCUUUCCAGCAGGGCCCCAGGUGUGGCGGCCGGAGCUUCAGCUCCUGCUCGGCCGUGCUCCCCCGGACGGUCACCUACUCGGCAGUGAGCAAAGGGUCCUGCCGGGCAGGCGGCGGCGGGGGGCUCCGUGCCCUGGGCUGCCUGGGCUCCCGGAGCCUGUGCAACGUGGGCUACGGGAGACCCCGCGUGGCCUCCCGCUGUGGCCUGGCUGGCUUCGGGUACCGGGUGGGCGCUGCCUGCGGGCCGUCCCCCUGCAUCACCCCCGUCACCAUCAACGAGAGCCUGCUGGUGCCUCUCGACCUGGAGAUCGACCCCACUGUGCAGAGGGUGAAGAGAGACGAGAAGGAGCAGAUCAAGAGUCUCAACAACCGUUUCGUGUCCUUCAUCAACAAGGUCCGGUUCCUGGAGCAGAAGAACAAGCUGCUGGAGACCAAGUGGAACUUCAUGCAGCAGCAGAGGUGCUGCCAGAGCAACAUGGAGCCCAUCUUCGAGACGUACAUCUGCGCGCUGCGCCGGCAGCUGGAGUGCGUGGCUGGGGACCGCGCCAAGCUGGAGGCGGAGCUCUGCAGCCUGCAGAACGCGCUGGAGGGCUACAAGAAGAAGUACGAGGAGGAGCUCUCCCUGCGGCCCUCCGCUGAGAAUGAGUUUGUGGCACUAAAGAAGGACGUGGACACGGCCUUCCUGAUGAAGGCUGACCUGGAGACCAACGUGGAGGCGCUGGUCCAGGAGAUCGACUUCCUGAAGGGCCUGUAUGAAGAGGAGAUCUGCCUGCUCCAGUCUCAGAUCUCAGAGACCUCGGUCAUUGUCAAGAUGGACAACAGCCGGGAGCUGGACGUGGAUGGCAUCAUAGCCGAGAUCAAGGCCCAGUAUGACGAAAUCGCCAGCCGCAGCAAGGCGGAAGCUGAAGCCUGGUACCAGUGCCGGUACGAGGAGCUGAGGAUGACGGCCGGAAACCACUGCGACAGCCUCCGCAACCGCAAGAACGAGAUCCUGGAAAUGAACAAGCUGAUCCAGCGGCUGCAGCAAGAUAUCGAGAACGUCAAAGCCCAGCGCUGCAAGCUGGAGGCUGCCGUGGCGGAGGCGGAGCAGCAGGGCGAGGCGGCCCUCUCCGACGCCAAGUGCAAGCUGGCCGGCCUGGAGGAGGCUCUGCAGAAGGCCAAGCAGGACAUGGCGUGCCUGCUCAAGGAGUACCAGGAGGUGAUGAACUCCAAGCUGGGCCUGGACAUCGAGAUCGCCACCUACCGGCGCCUGCUGGAGGGCGAGGAGCACAGGCUGUGCGAAGGCAUUGGACCUGUGAACAUCUCCGUGAGCAGCUCCAAAGGCGCCGUCCUGUACGAACCGUGCAUGGUCAACACGCCUGUGCUGAGGACCGAGUACUGCCCGGGGACCAGCAGCGUCCUCAAGAGCGCUGGGGGCUGCAGCGUGGUGGGCACGGGCGAGCUCUACAUUCCCUGGGAGCCGCAGGGGCUCGUGAGCUGUGGGAGCGGGCGCAGCUCCAGCAUGAAGCUGGGGGCAGGGGGCAGCUCCUCCUGCCACAAGUGUUAGCCCCGCCCACCCGGCGGGAGGAAGCCCGGGCACCAGCCGCCAGCCUGCAGACGAGGGCACUGCAAACCUCCUCCGCCCGGACUUCAUGCUCCCUCGGGCUUCCGCUGGAAGCUGC